AUGUUCGUCGCCCGACAACACGCGCGGUUGUCUCUUGCGCGACCACUGCGGCGCACGACGUCGCCGAUUCAACUUCGACUUCGUCCCUACGCUACGGGUCGUCUGACCGGCGAUCAGCUCGAACCGUCCAACGAUUUGUCACAACAGCUCAAAGAUACAGGACUUUGGCUCCAGCGAGGGGCAAGAAGAAAUGUUCUUGGGGAUAAACAUCGUGUUAAUAUUGUCAACCAAGGUUUAUGCGAUGAUAUCGCCAACCUUAUGGGUCCCUCCCUCGAGCGCCAUCGUGGCUGCGAUCUUAUCGACAUAAACCCAGGUGCUGGCAUCUGGAGCAAAACCCUACAUGAACUAGUUCAACCUCGAAAACACAUCCUCAUGGAACCAGACAUCGAACUCUACAAGCCACUCCUUGGCGACUUUAUCAACAAACCAAACGUCGAAGUUCUUCCCAAACAAGGCAUUCUUUGGAAAGAUUUACAGGAGAUGCUUGAAACUUCUAUCGACCAGCCGACUCGUGACCCAGCCGCCGAGCCAGAACGCAACGAUACGCUCCUGGUCAAUGUUAAUAUUUCCUAUUGCCCAGCUAAGAAGUACCAAAUGUUCGAGUGCGUCAGCACCAUGGUUCUCUACCAGCUUAUGGCCAGUAUCCGAUCCGCCGCGCUCUUCCAGCAAUACGGCCUCGUGCGCAUGCUCAUCUGGAUUUCCGACGACGGCAAGCGCAGGCUCCUCCCACGAAGUUCCAUCCGUCGCAAACGCAGCGCUUUCGAAGCCGAACUUUCCCUCGAAUGGUUGCAUGAAAUCGCAGGCCACGACGAAUUUGAGGACCGUUACGAACUCCGCGAUGAGUGGAUCAAUAUGGAGUCUGGAUACCGAACGCUCGAUCGCAUGAAGAAGGCUGGUCUUACCAUGCCCUCUGGCCGUGAAACAAAAGUCUAUCAGAAUCUUACCGCCAAUAGAGAGUACGCAGACCGACAACUUGCAGGCGUUGAAAUUCCCAUCCAUAGCCGGCCCUUCCGCCAAGAGCUCGAAGAAGCCGAGAGGGAGUUGGAGAGUUCUGCAGAGGUGCCCUCAACCCGUCUCAAAGCGCUGCGCUUCCGUCAAAAGUACGAAGCUGCAGACGCGCAGUUGUAUCUUGAACUUCUGCAAGAGCGCGAUCGACUCAUGAGACUCGCCACCGAAUCCCCAUCCGAGUUUCCCGCCGCCGAGGCAGCAUUCGACAGUCGCCUCGAUAACAUCAAAAAGAACACACGGAAAGAGUGGGCGAUGGUUCGUGACAAUUACCAGCUCUUCCGACAAAAAGAACCGGUCCUCUUCUGGGACCGUCGUCCAUUCGAACCUCUCGUCACUCACGCUGAGGACUUCUACCCAAAAAUGCCCUGCGCUCUUCUCGACCUCCAACCCAAAGCAAUGAGCAAGUUUAUUCGUCAACACGGCCCCGAUGCGCGUAACGGCACUAUUUCGGAAACCAUGCUACGCUAUUGGUGGCAGUAUCCGCUUUCAGGCGUUCCCAAAGCCAUGAACAGUCUAUGGCCUGGGUUCGGUGACCAGGCACCCGGUGUGACCUCCAUCCACGAUCCGGACCAGGCAGGCUCACCCCUAUCGAAGCAUGGAGCGUUAUCUGCGCGAUGUGUGACGCCAAAGCAGUGGGAAGACAUCAUCGAAGCGUGGCUUGACUGGCCGUUUGCGCCUGAGUAUACAACGCUUGUAGGACGCCUAACGGACGACUACGACAGACAGUUGGUGGAAGAGGACGACUCGAAGACCCCCUCAUUGGGCAACGCGCCGAGUGCUAUGUAA